AUGGGCCUGCUACCCACUGCACGGAGGCGGGCACGCGUCAGUGACCCCGUCCCGGUCGCGUCGACGUCUCGAGGAAGUAUCACGUCAGGUCCUCGAGUAUCCACGUCAACGACAGGAAAGAGACGACUCUGCCCGGCCAGAUCGACGGAUAAGGAAGAUGCUACAAGAGCGAGUGGCCAGGGAGUGGCGACGCGUAAACGACGACGCGUAUCGUCGCCACGCCCCGAUGUUUUAUUCCGUCCGAAAAAGAGGCAAAGGGCACGUGUAACCACUGAUCCAAAUGUAAUCGAAAUCCCUUCCUCUCCCAGCCCGCCCCCAAGACCAAUCAGAUCGAAAGGUCAGACGGGGACAAGGGAGGUGAUUUCCCUUGUCAGUGACUCGGAGGACGACUCGGACCCCGUCUCACAUUCCUCGAAGCCUGCCAGCCUGCCGGUUUCGGCCAACGACGUUCGUGCGCCCAUAGAAACUCCUUUGCGCGGCUUGAACGAGAUUGGUGGUCCGUUCACCAAUGAAGAUGAGCAUCUCGUCGCAGAGCAGCUCGCUCCUUCAAUACCUUCUACCCCGGAUUCUAUACCGCUCCACUCCCAGGUCGCCCAUGCCACCCCCUCCGCCAUCGAGGAGUGUCUUCGGGAUGGCCGUAAGACAAUCAAAUCCGUUCUUCACCUCCUCCCCCAUCAUCUACGGAGCUCUCUGCAGCCGUUACCCAGUUUAGUUUCGAGACUCACGACUCCAACGCCUGCGGUAAACGCGUCCGACAGUUCACCACAAGAUUCACCCCGCGAACCGCCCCAUCCUCGUCCUUGUCCUCGACCCCUCAAACGACCCUCGGUCCCGCCCGAUACGCUAGGCCUUUCUGACCUGCCAAAAGAACUACCAGUGCCUCUGGUGACAGGAGACCCCAAUCCUAUUUCUCUAAAGACCUCUAUCAAGUCUCCUGGCGCCGACGAUAUUGAAUCUCCCUCGUCCCCUGCUCGUAAACGACGCCGGUUGAACAAGCUCACGUCAAGUCCAAUUUCUCCUUCGGUACGCUGGAUCCGUCCCACCGCCGUCGAGAAUAUGGGUUGCCACCACUCACUGUGGUCCCCUCGGCUCGUUAGAGAGGAGGAGGCAGCGGUGGUAUCAGAUAGCCAACGGGAAGUCAAGGGAGGUAGGAAGGUGGUGCAGAAUGGAUAUGAAUCAGAAGAACCCAUGGAGGCGGAAGAGGAAGAGGUGGACGAGCUAAUUAGCAGUGAUGUUGAAGGGAAGGGAAACAACGCUGACGACGCACCACAGUUCUCUCCUCUGCUACCUGAUGCCCGCCCAAAUGAAACCACUUUACCUUCUAGGCCAUCCUCGCCGACCAAACCUCGCCCUAAAUCAUCCUUCUCACCCAGCUUGUUCAGUAGGGUGCUAAACCUUCAACGGUCAAAUACGUCGUCAACACCCCCUUCGUUGCCGUUCCUCUCACCGUCUCGGUCCUCAGCAAGUUUGUCCUCAGCAACUCCAAGAUCUCCUCCUUUUGACAACCUUCCUUCUCUUGUCGGCGCAGUCAGUAUCACCGCGUCACCAAUCCCCAAGGCGAGCAGCAUGCAAUUCUCAUGGGCGAUGGAUACGGACCCGCUGGAUGAUAUUGAAGAUGAAGAUUUUGGAAAUAUGGUGCUUGCCUACCCUUCCUAA